GGGAAAACAAAAGGAUAAAAACAAACCAUCCACUUUUGUUUGCCUCUCCAUCCUCCCUCCCCCUUCUUUUCUCUUCUUUUCAGAGAUGAUCACAGCAGCAGGCAGGGGAGGGGACUCAAAAUUGAACUCUCUCUGCUGUUUCUCUUUACCCCCUUUUUUUAGCUCUCUCUUCAUCAUUCAUCAAAGAUUCUCAUCCCAUUCCCACCACACCACGCCCCCUUCUCUUCUUUCAAGUCAAACAAGAAAGAAAGCCCAAAAAUAUAUUAUUUGUACUACCAAAAAAAAGUUGGUAUGAAAUUACUGAAAGCUUUGGCGACCAGCUCAUGGGCAUAUAUUCCCUUCUCUCCAAACACAGCCCCACCUUCUUUGUUUCCAGAUAUGGAGUGAGAGCAGCAACAAAGGACACACACCCUCCUUGCCACUCACUCACCAACAACUACUACUACCAAGAGCUAAUAAUAUAAAUACAAGGGUGCUGCACACAUCUCUUGUUGCCCACAUUCAUUCACAAUCCACAGAAGCCAAGAAGGAAGGAAUUUUGAAGGAUCAUUCUCUAGGGAGAAAAGAAAAGAGAAAGGCAGGAGCUUUCUGCUUGCCUCUUCUGAAUUUAUAUUUCUCUGUCUUGGGUUAUCUUCUACUCCUCUAUGCUACACAUACAAAAUGGAUGAUAACGGCUCUCCAAGUCUCAGCAAUCAAAAUCAAAAUAUGAACUUGGUUCUGUCAACUGAUGCAAAGCCUAGACUGAAAUGGACAGCUGAGCUCCAUCAGAGGUUCGUCGAUGCUGUCAAUCAACUCGGAGGUCUAGAAAAGGCUACACCAAAGAGCCUGAUGAGGGUGAUGGCGAUUCCUGGAUUGACUUUGUACCAUCUCAAGAGCCAUUUGCAGGCAUUUGCUCUCAUCUCCUUUGAUUCGAUUGCCAAUAUCUGAAGCUUGCAGAUUGCUCAAGCUCUCCAAGUACAAAUGGAAGUUCAGAGAAAACUACACGAACAGAUUGAGGUUCAGAGACAUUUGCAGCUGAGAAUAGAAGCUCAAGGGAAGUACUUACAAUCAGUACUGAAGAAGGCACAUGACACAUUAACAGUGUAUAGUUCAUCUUCAGUCGGCAUAGAGCUGGCAAAAGCUGAGCUCUCUAAACUGGUCUCAAUGGUGAACUCUGGAUGCAGCACUAGUUCUUGUAUCUCGGACUUGACAGAAACAGAAACAGAAACAGGUGCAGGUUCUAGCCCGAAAUGGGCAGAUAAAAAACUUUCUAGGAGCCCAGUAUGUUCCAUGGACAGCUCAUUGACAUCAUCCGAAAAUUCUGAACGUAAGGAAGGUGUUGUCCAAAAGCAUGGUUCCAGUACAAAUUGUGUUGAGCUAGCUCUAAUGGAAGUUCACCCACAAGAUCUGUCCAAUCAGAAUACAUCGAGCAAUCCAGGGAAGAAGAGAAAUGAGAAGAGCGUUUCCGACGGUAUCUGUGUAGAUCAACAGCCAUCGGCUAAGAGAUGCAGAACAACCACAACCACAUUUGAUCUGAACAAUGAGUAUGAAAAUGAGGUCAGGACCAGUCCGAGAUCUAUCGACUUGAACUGCAAUGGAGUUUGAGCUCGACAAAGGGGUUUUCCUGGGACCUUUUAAUAUACACAGGAGAAUGAAUGGUUCUGGUGAUAUGACAGCCAACUGCAGCAGAAGUCAAAAGUUCGAUGAAUCGAUAUCCUUGUCCAUAGUCGAUAGACCUAUCAAUGUAUAUUUUUGUCACUUGAAAAUGUAUGAAAAAAAAAACUCAGGAGAGUGUUGGAAAUGCAUCAUCAGGUUAAACAAAUGUUAAUAUUAUAUAAAGUUAGAACGAUGGUACUGUGAAUACUUAUGCCUGCAAUGCGCAUUUUUAUAGAUAUCUUAGUCUGAGUUGCUAUGGCAUCUUUUCUCUUUUGGAGGCCAAGAAGAAGAAGAGCAGAGAACAGUGUCUUUUCUCUUUUGAGUUAGUUUCUGUUUUGCUUCCUACUUUCAGGAGAUAAUGGGACUUGCCUUCGAAUAAUGAUUCAAGGCACUAGUCAUGCUCUGAUUUUGCGAUAAAGGAAUGGUAAA